GGAAUGAGGUCCUCGAGUUACGGUGGUGAUGAGUCACUCACAUAAGGUAGGCUGAGGUGAGAGUGGCGUCACCCCUUUGCGUUUAUUCCCGCCCACCACCCACCUCCGCAGCACCGCGUCCAGCUCUCGUGUCUGCUGCAAUUGCCUUUCAACUUUGUCCUCAUCCGAGAAUAGGUAGCACAGCUAAGAGCGAAUCUUGAGCAUCACGAGACUUUUCAUCUUCCGUCGCAUUUGGCCUGCCGCAUAUAGUCUUCAACUCUGACGCUAUACAAGUCAACGACGACAGCGCGAUCAUCACCACACUGUCGUCUGGAGAAGAACACAACCUCAUUGUGUAGCUGUCAAACCGGCGGGUCAAAAAUCAUUUUAAAAAGAAAGAAAUUGCCGCAGAAGUCAUGGCGCCAACGUUCAAGAUCGCGGUGAUCCAGUUUGAGCCCAAGGCCAUGGACAUUGAAGGCAACUUUGCCAAAGCAUCCUCGUACCUUCGACAGGCUGCUGAUUCGGGCUGUCAUAUUGCUGUUCUCCCUGAGUUUCACCUCACAUCGUGGGUUCCCGAGGACCCCGGCUUUCGCCUCGCCUCUAUGGAAUCUAGUCGGUAUCUGGACGAGUAUCAGAAGCUCGCUCUCGAACUGAAGAUGAGUAUUGUCCCUGGCACAAUCUGCGAGAAGACCGGCCCGCCCGACGAGCAAGGUAUAGGCAACGUGGCGCACUUUAUCAACGGCGAAACUGGCGUGGUCUCUGGGAAAUAUCAGAAGAAGAAUCUGUGGCACCCAGAAAGACCCCAUCUCGUCUCGUCGGGCGACGAGCCACAUUGGGCCUUUGACACCAAUCUGAGGCGCGAGGACGGUCGGCCUGUCAGGGCUGGCAUGCUUAUUUGCUGGGAUCUCGCCUUCCCGGAGGCGUUUCGAGCGUUGAUUGCCGAUGGCGCGCAGAUCAUCAUCAUUCCCUCGUGGUGGUUUCCCAACGACAUUUCGGAUUCGGCCCUGGCUAUCAAUCCAAGUUCGGAGGCGGUCUUCAUCAAAAGUGCUACAGAAUGCAGGGCAUUCGAGAACACUGCCGCCAUUGCGUUUGCCAACGCUGGCGGCUUGAGCAGUAUCACCAUGCCGGUGCAAGGCUGCCUGGGCCGACUUGAGAUUGGCGAGGAGGGCAUGCUCGUGAGGGAGAUUGACAUGGCGGUGCUCGAUGUCGCAGAGGAGAACUACAAGGUGAGGGAGGACAUGCAGAAAGAAGGGUGGCACUACAACUAUACCUUGACGAGGAACUGAGAUCGGGCGGUGCCAGCAAACGCCACUCAACAUCAUGGAUCGCUUGCCGGCUUGCUUCAUUCAUUAUCAGAUCGAUCGUUACGUUUGUGGAUGCAGCAAAAGUGACAUGGCUAGUAGAAGAAAGGGAUUGCUCGACCCCUUUUCUGUCAUUUUCAGCCGAAUAGUGAGCACUGUUCUCUGAAACAGCUCACUCCCUGGCUCCUGUAUCAGAUGAUGAAAGUAAAAAGGAACCACAAGACAUACUACUGCAAUUUCAUAAUCAGCCUAUAGGUAUCCAAUUGCAGAUCACUUCCUG